UCUCAAAAAUUGUUAUAGACUUAACUCACUCUCAAAUUAACCAUCACAUUCACAAGGCCUCCUACAAGUUCAAAGUUACGUCACUUUUCCAUUUUAUUUUCUCUUCUUCUUUUUCUUCUCUUUAUCAUUACUAUCAUUACCUUCUGCAUAUUUUUCAUAUCAUUUUGUUUGCAAUCAUCACUAUGGCAUCAUCAUCUCCUUUACACAUAGCAAUGUAUCCAUGGUUUGCAAUGGGCCACCAAACUCCAUUCCUUCAUCUAGCAAACAAACUAGCAAAAAAAGGUCACAAAAUCACCUUUUUCACACCUAAAUCAGCACAAUCCAAAUUAGAACCAUUCAAUCUCUACCCACAAUUAAUCACUUUUAUCACCAUCAAAGUUCCUCAUGUUGAAGGUCUCCCUCUCAAUGCAGAAACAACAGCUGAUGUCCCUUAUCCUUUACAUCCACACAUCAUGACAGCCAUGGACCUUACUCAACCUGACAUUGAAACUCAUCUCACAAAUCUCAAACCUCAAAUUGUUUUCUAUGAUUUCACUCAUUGGAUUCCAUCUUUAACCAAGCGUUUAGGCAUCAAAGCUUUUCAUUAUUGCAUUAUUAGUUCAAUCAUGGUUGGUUAUAGUCUAACACCAGCUAGAUAUUCACAGGGAAACAAUUUAACUGAAUUUGAUCUCAUGCAACCACCUUAUGGUUACCCAGAUUCUUCUAUCAGGCUUCAUAGUCAUGAAGCAAAAGCUUUGGCUGCUAUGAGGAAAAACACUUUUGGUAGCAAUGUACUUUUCUAUGAUCGACAAGCUAUUGCCUUAAAUGAAGCUGAUGCAUUAGGAUACAGAACAUGCAGAGAGAUUGAAGGACCUUAUCUUGAUUACGUACAAAAACAAUUUAAUAAAUCAGUUCUUACUUCAGGACCAGUGCUACAGAUACUUGAAAAUCCAAAUUAUGUUUUGGAUGAAAAGUGGGCUACUUGGCUUGGUGGAUUCAAAGCAGAUUCUGUUGUUUAUUGUUGUUUUGGAAGUGAAUGCACUUUAAUACCAAACCAAUUUCAAGAAUUAAUUCUUGGUCUUGAGUUAUCUGGUAUGCCGUUUUUUGCAGCUUUGAAACCUCCUUUUGGUUUUGCAACAAUUGAAGAAGCAUUACCAGAAGGAUUGGCAGAGAGGAUUAAAGGAAGAGGUGUUGUUUAUGGUGGUUGGGUUCAACAACAAUUGAUUUUGGAACACCCUUCUGUGGGGUGCUUCAUUACACAUUGUGGUUCAGGCUCUUUGUCUGAAGCAUUGGUGAAUAAGUGUCAAUUGGUUUUGUUGCCAAAUUUUGGUGACCGGAUAUUGAAUGCUAGGAUAAUGGCAAAUAACUUGAAAGUUGGUGUGGAAGUUGAGAAAGAUGAAGAUGGAUUAUAUACUAAGGAUAGUGUUUGUAAAGCUGUGAGCAUUGUGAUGGAUGAUGAAAAUGAAACUAGUAAGACAGUAAGAGCUAAUCAUGCCAAGAUUAGAGAGAUGUUACUGAAUAAGGAUCUUGAGUCAUCUUAUAUUGAUAAUUUCUGCAAGAAGCUUCAAGAGAUUGUUGAGAAAAAGAAUUAAUUCAUAUUUAUGAAGGUUAAGGUUAAUUUAGUUAUUAUCCAUCUAAUUUCAGUGCGUGGCAGUCUGUUUGUUUUGGAUUUGUCUAUUUUAUAUUUGAUAUGAUGCAGGACUAACUCUAUGUUUGUAUGGUAUCAUCAUGAAUUAAGAGUAAUGAUAUUUUUACAAUUAUUUUCUAA